AUGAAGGCGGCAUCUGUCCCUCUUCGGGUGUCUGCCUUCUAUGGGCAGCGGCAGUUACCCCUCAUUGGCCCAUGUGGUGUUGCACACUCCAGCAACAGGAGCAACACGUGCUGCUCUUCCUCCUCCUGUAGCUGUGUUGCCAUAGUGGCAACACAGCGCAUUGGUAGACUUGCUGCUUGGGCAUGCGCCGCUUCUGUAGGAAAACCGCUGACAGGCCGACCAGGGGCAGGAGCUUCUGCAAGAGAAGCCGAAGCAGCAACAGCAGCAACAGUUGCUACUUACACAACACCUGCUACAAGGACAUGCGAUGCAGCGGGCUCAAGGCAUGUAUUUCCGGUUGAUUGCUUCAAAACCAACAGUCUACGAUACUACGUUGGUGCAGCAGCAGCUGCUGCUCCCGCUUCUGCUACUGCGCCUUGCACUCCAAGGGCAAAUACUGCGCCAGUUAUAGUAACCCCCAUAACACCGCAGCAUAGGCAACACGGAAAGAAGCAGGCGCUGCGACUGCUGCAGCAGCAGCAGCUGAAUCGGGUGCUGUACAGGCCCCAAUGCUUAGAGGCAUUCGCUGCGGCCCCAGGAUCAGAUGAAGCAGCAUCCUUUGUUGUUGCCACUGCAGCAGCAGGUUCAACGAUCGAAGCAACAACUGUAGCAACAAGCGCAGCCGAAGAAGCAGCAGAAGGAACAGCUGCAGCAGCCGCCACAACAGCAACAGCAGCAGCAACGCAGAGGAACAACGGCGAAGGCAUUGCAGCAAGAAUAAGGCAUGCAUACCUCAGGGGAGACUGGCGUUGCCUUGCUGCUGCUGCAGAAGAGUCAUUGCUGCUACUUGAGCAGCCGGUGCAACAGCAGGCCCCGCCUUACAGCGGCAAGCAUCUGGCUGCUGGCCUGAUGCUACUGUCUCUGCUGCGCCCUCCCCAGAGGGACGAGCAGGUGCAACGGCUCUUGGCGGCUGUAGGGGUGGCGCUGCAGCAGCUGCACCACCACCAGCAGCAGCAGUUUCCGUUUACCCCUGGGGAAUGCGCUACGCUCGUUGCUGCCCUCGGGAACUUCGGCUUGAGUUCAGUCUCUCAUAUACUUCUUUCGUGUCUAGCGGAUGAGCCGCUGGAGAGCAGCACUGCUGCUGUCUUGUCUUCUUUAUUUGUUUCUGUGUACAGGCAGCAUCUUCUGGAACCAGCUAACGGUGCUGCUGAUGCCGCUGCUGCUGCAUCUGUCUUUCCAUCGGAAAAGUCUUCUAUCCUACUGCGGCGAAUGCUGCAGUGCCAAAGCCUGUCUCCUGCACAAACAUGCUCUGUGCUGCAAGCAGCAGCCUAUGCAGCCUUCUUCCCCAAGGGCGUCGCUGUGCUGCUGGUGCCUGCACCUCCUGCAGCAGCCACCCCUGAUUCUGGUGCUGCAGCAGGUGCAGCAACGCAAGCAGCAGUCGCAACAGCAGCAGCAGUAGCAACAACAGGAAAAAUGGGAGGAGACGGCAUAUCUUCUCCUGCCCCUGUUCACAUUGAGACUCACCCCGGCUCCGUUGAAGCUGCAGAUACACCCGAAGUUUUGGGGCUCGCCGCUGCAAUUACCGCAGCAAUCGAGAAAGUCACAGUGGCGCUCAAGAAAAGUUGCAGCAGCACCAACAGCAUGGAAAUGUUGCCCCUUGACAGCAUGUUCCGCCUAACGGAGGCCUUAGUGUUGAGGGACAUUUCACUCUCUGUGCAGCUAAAUUCGCUCGCUAUGCAACAACAGCUGCAGCAGCAAGAACAGCAACCGCAGCAUCUUCAUCAAGAGGGGCAGGAACAGCAACAGGUACAGGAAUUCUACAGAACGUAUAGGCAAGAGUUGGACGCUCUAGUGUUGCUGCUUCUGGACGCCUUGUUGCAACAGCAGCACCUUUGGGGUAUAUGUACACCUCAGGAGAUGCUGUUCUUCUUCCUUGCACUGUUGCGACUCUUUGGCAUCGGCAACCCAGAGAGGCUCGCUCUUGCUGCGGCACUUAGUAGUCAGCAGCAGCCACAGCAACAGCAGCAACAACAACAGUAUAUGUGGCAGCUACAGGAGCAGGAACAUUUGGCAGAGACAGUCUAUGAGGGCAUAAGGCGGCUUUGGCUGCACGUUUCUCAAACGAGCAACAACACUGGCAGCGGCGACAGCAACAGCAACAGCAGCAGCAACCGCAGCAGUCCAGUGGAAGCUGCCCUGCGGUUGCGGGUUCUCUCACUGCUGUGCAGCAGCAGCAAGACGUAUGGAAUAGUCCCUUCAUGUCCUGCUCCCUACGGCGUUGCUGCAGCUGCUGCUGCUGCUUCUCCUGGCGCAGCCUCGUUCGGGGCGGGUAUGCAGCAGUGGGGACAGGAACUUCUGCUGCAAUGGCAGCUUACUGCUGCGGCGAACUUCACGCCUCUGCCUGCUGUUGUGGUGCAACAGCAGCAGCGGUCGGAUGCGUAUUUGUUUCUCAAGCAGCAGCAGGAGCGCACUGCCCAACAGCAAGCAAAGGUGGCGGCGUUGCUGCUGGGCCCCGGAGCUUCUGCUGCUGGAACGUCUGCUCCUGGUGCUGCCGCCGCUGCAGGUUCGGGUGGUUCCCGAUUAGCAGCAGAGGCACAAUCAGCUCCAGCAGCAGCCCUUGCCGUCCCAGCAAGCCCUGUCCUUUCGGUUCUGCAAGCAGCGACAGAUUCGGUUUUCCAUUUUUCGUCUUCUGUCUCUUCUGUUGCGCUGCUACUCCUGCGCAGCUUUAUAGAAUUGAACAGCCUGCAACACCAGCUUGAUGCGCCUCUCGCUGCCCAGAAGCAACACGCAGAAGCGUGGGAGUUGCUACUUACCUGCAGCAGAGAGGAGUUGCAGCCACAGCAGCAAGGAACAACAUGGAGAGCAGCAGCAGCAGCUUUCCGAGCUUCUGCCUUCCUUCACCUUUACAGAAGUUUGCAGCGGCAGCGUCGUGGCCUGCGGAGCAAGCUGCUGCUGCUGCAGCAACGAGAGCAGCAGAAGGAUAAUGAACAGCAGCUGCUUCAGCAGCAGCUGAGACAGCAGCUUAGGCAGCUGCGACAAUCAAUGCAUUCUUUGCGCCUCCAGCAGCUGUCUCUUUUGGAUUUUCUGCUGAAGCAACAGCAGAAGGAAAGACCUUUGAAGGAGACGGCAGCGGUUCUCGUGAUGCUUGCAGGACCUAUAAGGCAGUUCACCGUCGCUCGGUUUGCUGUCGUUGCCUUUGGCGUUUGUUGUUUUGUUUGUUUCUGCCCCGGAUCCCUCUCCGAGGAGCUUCUGUCGUCUGUGCUUCACGCUGCUGUCGCUUUAGUAGAUGUACUGCAACCCCGGGAGGUGGCCGUGUGCCUGUACAGCCUGCGGCCGCAACCGCAGGAGCAGCACCAGCAUUCACAGGUGCUGCGCCAGCUACAACAGACCCUGAAGGGGAAACUGCUGCAGCGAGGAACCUUGUUGCUGCCUUCCUUCCCUCCAGAGGAACUGCUGCUGUUUAUUGCAUCUGUGGGGGAUGGACAGCUAGAGCUGCUGCAGCAGGCCUUCGGGUGUAUGUACACAGCAAUUCCUUUCUACACACCUCAACAAUUGGCGACGCCUGUGUGUGCAGUGGCAGAAGCCCUCACCUCCACUGCCACACUCUCCCAGCCGUCUGCAGAUACUGCAGCACCAGCAGCAGAUGUAGGUACCACACAAGCGGAGCUGCAGCAUGCUGAAAAAUAUCCUAAUGAUGCAGGUGCAGCACCAAAAAACACAGCUGCAACGGUCAAAAUCGCAGCAGCAACAGGCCGAGCAACAACAGCAACAGCAGAACAAGCUACGAAAAUCAGUAGAACCUCUGCCUUGUCGGAAAUCGAUACGCUUACUAGGGUUGCUCGAGCCUGA